GGAUGUUGCAAAGACUGAGUCAGAAUGUGCCAGUCCGGUGGCUUAGCCAGGUCCAUCGAAUUAAAAAGUGACAGCUUUCAGUUUUCAAGAUUCUUUACACCUAUCGUCGUUUGGUUUGCUGUCACUGAACAUGUCUACCGCCGAAGUGGAACAAAAGAUGCAAAAUCUCAACGUUAACCAAGAAAAGCCUUCCAGCAAAGGAGAAAAGAAGCCCAAGAAGGCCAAAGCCCCCGCUGGUGAUGGCCCAUCUUACCCUCUGGAAUUCACUCCCAAGCCCGAAUACUUUGAUCAUCGUAUUGAAAUGUUUGAGCGCCUGAAGGCAGAGUAUGAUGAAGAUAUCAAGAACAAACCACGCGAACCCAUCACUGUCACCUUGCCUGACGGUAACACCAAGGAAGGUACCUCCUGGGAAACCACUCCCAUGAGCGUCGCAUUGUCCAUUGCCAAGUCUCUUGGUGACCGUAUUGUGAUUGCCAAGGUCAACGGUAACCUUUGGGAUUUGAACCGUCCUCUCGAAGAAUCCUGCCAACUUGAAUUGCUUGACUUUGAAAAUGAAGAGGGUAAGCGUGUCUUCUGGCACUCUAGUGCUCACGUUCUCGGAGAAUCUUGCGAGAGACAUUAUGGCGGCCAUCUUUGCAUCGGUCCACCGUUGGAAGACGGUUUCUACUACGAAAUGGGUUUGAAGGAUCGUGCCGUUACGCAACAAGAUUACCCCUCCAUCGAGGCUCUUGCCAACUCAGCUAUCAAGGAAAAGCAGCCUUUCGAGCGUCUUAUCGUCUCCAAAGAGAACCUUCUUGAAAUGUUCAAGCACAACCCUUACAAGCAACAUAUCAUCAAAGACAAGAUCCAGGAUGGUACCUCUACCACUGUUUACCGAUGUGGUCCUCUUAUUGAUUUGUGUGUUGGUCCUCACGUUCCUCACACUGGCAGAAUCAAGGCUUUCAGUGUUACCAAGAACUCUGCAUCCUACUUCUUGGGUGAUGCUAAGAACGACUCUUUGCAACGCAUCUACGGUAUCUCUUUCCCUGACAAGAAGCAGAUGACUGAAUACAAGAAGUUCAUUGAAGAAGCAGCUAAGCGUGAUCAUCGUAAGAUCGGCAAGGAACAAGAGCUGUUCUUCUUCCACGAAUUGUCUCCUGGAUCAGCUUUCAUGCUUCCCCACGGUGCCCGUAUCUACAACACCUUGAUGGAUUUGAUGAAGGAGGAAUACCACCACCGUGGUUUCACUGAAGUCAUGAGUCCCAACAUGUACAACAUGAAGUUGUGGAAUACUUCUGGCCACGCUGCCAAGUACAAGGAGAACAUGUUCUGCCUUGAGGUUGAGAAGGAAGAAUUCGGUCUUAAGCCUAUGAACUGCCCUGGUCACUGUCUCAUCUUUGGCCAUCGUGAGCGCAGUUACCGUGAACUUCCCUUGCGUUUUGCUGAUUUCGGUGUUCUUCACCGUAACGAGUUCUCCGGUGCCUUGUCAGGUUUGACUCGUGUUCGUCGUUUCCAACAGGAUGAUGCUCAUAUCUUCUGUAUGCCCGCACAAAUUGAAAAUGAAAUGGAUGGCUGCUUUGACUUCUUAAAGCAUGUGUACGGUAUCUUCGGGUUCCAAUUCCAUCUCAAGUUGUCCACUCGUCCUGAAAGCUACCUUGGUGAGCUUAGCGUCUGGAACAAUGCCGAAGCUAUGUUGGAGAAGUCUUUGAACAAAUUCUGCCAGUCCAACAAUGUAGAAUGGGAACUCAACCCUGGUGAUGGUGCGUUCUAUGGUCCCAAGGUCGACAUUGUCAUCUCCGAUGCCUUGAACCGCAAGCACCAGUGCGCUACUAUUCAAUUGGAUUUCCAAUUGCCAGAACGUUUCCAACUUCAGUUCCGUACCGACCACGGUAACCAGGAAGGUGGUGAUGGUGCUUUUGCUCGCCCCGUUAUUAUCCAUCGUGCUAUUCUCGGCUCUGUCGAACGUAUGAUGGCCAUUUUGAUUGAACACUUUGGUGGAAAGUUCCCCUUCUGGCUUUCUCCUCGUCAAAUCUGCUUGGUUCCUGUCGCUGCUGCCUUCAAUGGCUAUGCUCAAGAAAUUGUCGACAAAUUGACUGCUUUGCGUAUUUACGCUGAUGCCGAUUUGUCGGACAAUACGUUGAACAAGAAGAUUCGUAACGCUGAGUUGGCUCAGUACAACUUCAUUUUCGUUGUUGGUGCCGAGGAAGAAUCUACCAGAUCUAUUAACGUUCGCAACCGUGAUGACGUCGGUAGCAAGGCCAAGGGUCAAACCAUUCCCUUGGACACUGUUCUUGAGGGCGUUCGUGAACUUAAGGAGAGCCGCAGCAUCCAUAACAAGUUUUAAAAUAGUGAUGUAGAUUGAAUUACCCAAUUGUAAUUGUAGAUAUGCCAAUUCGUAUAUGCCAUUCAGACCAAAUGAAUUAAAAAAGAAAAUGCACACAUGCUCAGUUACACCCCACGAUGCUCGGAA